AUGAAUGAAUAUCAACACAAUGAAAAAGCUUGUUAUAAAGGGUAUGAAAAAAAGAUGUUGUUACCUGAAGCUCAGCAAGAUGGAUCAAAAGUAUUGUCGAAGAGCUUAGUUAAACAUAAAACAUAUAGGUGUCCUGUUGAAGGAUGUUUCAAAGAGGUUGUCAACCUAUCAAGGCACUUACAAAGUAAACGUCACAACCAUUGUUGGAGUAAAGAAAGUGCUCAAAAAGCUUUAUCCUAUUUUAAUAAAAGAAAAAGAUCAUCGGAUGUAGAAACACUUUUUCAGUGUCCUUAUAAAAUGUGUAUGGCUAUUGUAAAAAGAAUUGAUAACCAUCUCAAAAGAGUACACAAAUUUAAAUCUACUGAUCCAGAUUAUGCAAAAAUGUUGUAUAGUGUACAGAAAAUUAAUCUAAAUAAUAUGCCAUCAAAUGUUAUUUCCUCUCCAAAAAAGAUUUUUAAAAGUACUAUUAUUUCAGAUAUGGAAAACAAAAAUACUUCUUACAAUGCAGUGCAUUUAAAUAUUUUCUGCAAAGAUAACAGUGGGGAUAAUAAUGCACUUAGAAUUGAUUUAAACAAUGGAAACAUUGAUUCUUUGCCCCCCAAAAAAAUUGCUCUCGUUGAUAAUAAUAAUUCAUGUAAAGAAGUCACACAGGGUCCACUUGCAGGAUUAGAUGCUCCACUAAAUACAUUUUCAGAUUCAGAAUCAAGCACUUUAGAAUUUGACGAUGAAAGUGAUGAUUCAUUUGUUCCUGAAGAUAAUUUUCUAAAUCAACUUAAUAUUAAUGUUGAAACAUUACUAGAAAAAUUUAAAAAUUUUUUACUUGGACCUGACAAUAAAAGAGAACCGAGUUCUGCAUACCGAACAGUAAAAGAUAUACAACGAUAUUUUCAACUGGUUAGUACCGAACAGUUUUUUAAUGUUUCUAAAUUUUUCAAUCUUGAAACUAUUCGAGACAAAUAUAUAAAAAAUCUAGAAUCCAAACAUUUAAAAGCUGGUUCAAUAAAAAAAUAUUUGUUUUCACUAAUUGAUUUUUCGACUUUCCUAUUAUCUGAAAAAGAAGCGCUGAAAUUAUCAGAUUGUAAAGAAUCAGAUGUAGUUGAAAUCAAGCUUAAGCUUAAUAUGUGGCGAAAAACAUAUAACCGUGAGGAUCGAAAGGAGUUUUGGCAUCGUCAAGAAAGGGAUUAUCAAUCACUUGUAACUCCUUCCCAAAUUUCUUCCUACUUAGAAUCUGACAAUGCUGUACAAGCUUGUAAUCUUUUUAAUUUUUUAUGUACAAAUGAAAAAGUAAUAACUCAGGCCGAGUAUAUUGUUACCAGAGAUCAUUUGAUACUUCAGAUCUUAAUUGGUUCAGCUCAUCGCUCAGGUGUAUGUGCUAAUAUGACAAUAGAUGAGUUUUUAAACCAUGAAGUUAAUGCAGAUGGAAUGUUUAUCAUUGCUGUUGCAAAACAUAAAACAUUUAGCAAAUAUGGUCAUGCAUAUAUUAUUCUUCAAGCAGAAAAAUUUCAAUGGUUAUUUACAUUUGUGAAUAAAAUUCGCUCACAAAUAUGUACAAAGUACAGAAAUGUUUUUGUAUCAUGGUCAGGCCAACCAAUGAGUUCUGGAGCUAUUAGUCAGCAGCUUGGAUCACUCUGGAAAAAAUCAGGUAUAUACCAGAGCAACUCAGGGAAACGCAAUGUAUGUGCCACACUAUUGCGCAAAUCUGCAUCAACUGGUGUCAGAGAAAAAAAUAUUGGGAACAAGGAAGAGAUUGCUGGUUUUAUGGGACAUUCUGGUGCAACUGCAGACAAGCAUUAUCAUUGUCGUAAAAUAAAGAACUCAGCAGUUGAAUCUAGCAGUUCUAUAAGAUCAUAUUUUGAAUAUGAUCAUACUGAUACAAAUGUAAAAAAAUAUUCAAAUAUGUCAUUAAAAAAUUUAGAUACAACUAUUAAUAUGUCACCACCAAACAAGAGAAAGAAAUGGACUAUAGAUGAGGAAAAUAUUUUAAAAAAUACUUUUCAUAAAGUCCCAACAAUGAAAGAUAUAAUAGAUGUAAUGCCAUCAAUCGGCAUAAAUACAACACCAAAAAAGCUGUAUGAUAAAGCAAGAAGCUUAAGAGGAUCUCCUGCUGCAAAAACUAAUGUUACACCUAAGAGACAAAAAAUGUUCUCUAAAGAGGAUAUCCUAGCUAUCCAUUCAUGUUGCGGCGAUCUUCUUUGUGGUGGGCCAUUAACACAGGAAAAAAUAGAAGAUGUAAUCAAAGAUUCUCCUUUACUGAAAAUAUAUGAUUGGCGCCAAUUAAGAACUAGAAUUGUUUAUGAAAGAAAAAAACUCUUAAUAAAAUCAAAAGAAAACGAUGGUAAUUCAUCUAAAGAUAUUGAAAAUGAUUUCACUACUAGAAAAGAUUGAAUAUUCUGCAACUUUUCUUCUGCUAUUUUUUUUCUUAUAGAUUAGUUAUUUACUUGAUGAUAUUUUGUAGUAUUUAAAUAAUUUUU